CUCUGAACGCGAGAAGGUGACGCUGGGCGGAGAGUACAGAAACCAGGUGGACGGGGUCCAAAGUCCGUCGAUAGACGUGCUUGGACAGUGCCAGACCCUCACUGUUCUCACCGCCUCGCAGGAGACACUUGUCAGUUUCAAGCCGUUUUCAUUUUCAUCCUCGACAUGAUGGAGAUUCCAGUAUUUACACUGGAUGCCUUCACUAAUUUACCGUUCAAAGGAAAUCCCGCGGCAGUAUGUCCACUCAUGCACGAGCUGAGUGAUGAUUUGUACCAGAAGAUAGCAGCAGAGAUGAACCUGUCUGAAACAGCUUUCAUCACCAGGAUCAACCCCUCUGACAGUUUCACUACAGGAUCAAGGUUCCGCCUCCGAUGGUUUACACCAGUCACUGAAGUGAAUCUGUGCGGUCAUGCUACUCUGGCCUCUGCAGCAGUGCUGUUCCAAUUUAAGAAGAAUGUGAAUCCCGCACUGGUGUUUGAGACCAAGAGUGGAGAUCUGACUGUCACCCAGCAAGGGGAUGGCUACGUCAUGGACUUUCCUCUCAACCCGCCCACUCAGGAGGAUCCUAAUGAGUUCAGAGACAUCAUCAAGGCAACUGUUGGAAACCUCCCAGUUCAGGAUGUUUAUUUGAGCUCCAACACUAAGAAACUGAUGAUUCGAUUGGCUGACAGCUGUGACAGGUCAGUGCUAACCAGUCUGAAAGUUGACCCUGUCGCUCUUCAGAGCUGUGAGAAGACUGGACGAGUUAAAGGAGUGAUCCUCACCAUGAAAGGGUCCCCAGACUGCCAACCAGGAUACGACUUCUACUCCAGAUACUUUGCUCCAUGGGCUGGUGUCGCUGAGGAUCCUGUCACUGGUUCUUCCCACACCGUCCUAGGUAGCUACUGGUCUAAGAAACUGGGAAAGAAGAAAAUGCUGGCUUACCAGUGCUCCUGUCGAGGUGGGGAGCUGGAACUGGAAGUGAGAGAUGACGGAAGAAUCAACAUAGCUGGACAAACCGUCACUGUACUGCAAGGAACAAUCACACUGUAGCCACAGACACAUGAAAGCAGAGAGGGUUUGAGAUGCUGAGACAGUCAACAUGUACCUGUCCUGAGAAGCACACACAGGCUUUGUACCAUUUAAUAAAAAACAA